AUGUUCAAGCGCCAUCUGAUGAAGGAGAUUUUCGAAACUCUUAUCGAAGUUGACAGUCGCCUUGAGAUGCUCGGGUUCCAUCCGAAGUAUAUUCUUAAAAGGAUAACAACAUACUUAUGUUCCUCACUCGCCAUCUUUUCCAUCAUCUCCUUCGCCCUUGGAGUGGGCAAUGACUUCCGAAGCUACUUAGACAUCUUUCACCUCGCAGUUUCUCUUUCUACGACAUCUGCUAUUAUUCAGCUCAUAACAGAUCUCGUUUCCAUAGCAGGUCAACAAUUCCAGCUCAUUAAUACCAAUCUGUCCAAAUCGUCCAAUAAUCAGUCGAGGAUCGAGUUUUUCAUAGAACUUCAUAACAAAGUAUCAAUGAUAUGCAUCAUGCUAAACAAAAUAUUUGGCAAGCAAAUGCUAGUUAUAUCGUUCGCUGUUUUCUUUCACACGACCAUUACAAUACAUUGUAUCGUGGAUCAGCAUCUUUCACUUUAUUUACUUUGUGCAAAUAAGAUAACAAUUAUGAGAGUUUGUAUGACUUGCAUUCAUCUAAUAUUGGGAUUUGCUCUGGUAAACACCUGCGUCUGGACUGGUAUACAGGUAAGUUCUAAUAUUCACAAUAGUAGUAAUAAAUUGCUUCAGAUUAGUAACAUCACUUUUAUUCAUCCGUAA